CCCCAGAAAUAACUCCCCAAGUCGCGCAUCGUGAGCGCCGCUUUGACUGAAGCGUUGCGCCUGUGCUGCUGGUGAGCGCUUCCGAGGUUUAACCAACGUCGCAGUAUGUAGAGCGCGAGCACAUCGACUGUACCAAGCCUCGAAUUGCCCGGCACCAUGGACACGAUAGCAGUUGCCCCAAAGGCGUCGGCGCUGGCGUCGCCCAAGAUCGUCAAGAAUGCAAAGGGCAAUAUUGUGCCGAGCAGCCAGAUGGCACAUAUCGCAUAUGGAUGUGAGCACAUGGGCGAAAUGUUCGAGAAGGCGCGCAAGCAGACACUCCAGCACUACCGGGCCAUCCUCCAGAACAUCCACGAGAAGCCAAGCAUAAUAGCGCAGACAUACAAUGCGCCAGCGGAGGCGCGCAACGUCGUGUCACUGAGACCGCUCUUUCUGUGUCUGCAGUGCCCGAGCAUCAUGACCGAGGCGGAUCGGGAUCUGCACUUUGAGACCAAGUCACACUGUUUCUCCGUGGAAUCACGAGAUGGCAACAUCUACUGUGGAAACUGCCAGGACUUCAUCUACGAUGAGACUCUGGAUGUCCUUAGAGUGCAGAAGGGCAAGAAGCGAAAGUACGAAGACACUACCACGACCGAAGACCACAAGCUCGUCAUAAGCAACUCGACCUUUCUCCCCUGCCGAGCGAUAGGCCUGCGCGGGCUCUACAAUAUGGGCCAGACGUGCUUCAUGAGCGUCAUCCUACAAACCCUCGUCCAUAACCCCUUCAUUCGAAACUUCUACCUCUCCGAAGGACACAAGCAGACAGAAUGCGACAAGGAAUCAUGCGUCAGCUGUGCGCUGGACGAAAUGUUUGUCGAGUUCCACUCAGCUGAGAAGACGGAGGGAUUCGGGGCCGUGGGCAUGCUCAUGGGCAGCUGGCUAGCUGGAGAAGCCCUCGCAGGAUACCAACAGCAAGACGCGCACGAGUACAUGCAGUUUAUACUCAACACGCUGCAUCUGGCAAACGGCGGGUCGGCAGACGAUUCGGAAGAUUGCAAAUGCGUGGUACACCAGACGUUUUGUGGGAAGCUGUCAAGUACCGUGACAUGCGACAACUGCCGGAAUGUUACCACGGCCCAAGAUCCAUACAUGGACCUUAGUUUGGAUGUCCGGAUACAGGGCAAGAAGCGCAAGAUGAAUGUAGAGAAGGGUGAAGAGACCCCACUGGAUCUGAGAGACUGUCUCGAACGCUUCACAGUCAAGGAGAAGCUGGGCUCGGCCGACUACACAUGUCGGAAUUGCGACAGCCCGCAAAAUGCGACCAAGCAGCUGAGCAUCAAGAGAUUACCCCCCGUGCUCUCCAUUCACCUCAAGCGUUUCGAGCAUACCAAAUCCACGUCCUCUAAGAUCGAAACUCCCGUUCGCUUUCCCGUCAAACUAGACAUAUACCCCUACACAACCGCCCACAAAGCCGCCAUGCGCGCCGCGAAGACGUCCGGUGCACCACCUUCGAAUCAUAACGUCAACAGCCCAACAAACGCCCUCGUCUACGAGCUGAGCAGUGUGAUUGUGCACAAGGGCAAGAUUGACUCUGGACAUUACGUCAGUUACAGCAGAGAGGGCAACGACUGGUUCAUGUUCGAUGAUAGCAAGGUAGUGCUUGUCAGCGAGGCAGAAGUACUUGCUGCUGAGGCUUAUUUGCUUUUCUACAUGGUCGGUGGACUAGAGGUAUAGGAUUCGACCUGAGUGGAGUUUCAGGCGGUUUUGGUAUUCACUAUCUGCUCGAGCAGUCUUGCACCUACCAGCUGCAUACCUGGCGUUCAAAGAGGUUUCAUGGCGUUUUCGAGAGAAGAUGAAGAUUUCUCUCCACUCGAGGAUACUUUAGCAUAUGUUGGCUCUCAUGUUACCAAUCCAUUGAUAUAUUCACACUCUCCCCCAU